AUGACGACGUCCACUGCUCUUACCACUCAUGCCUCCGUCGAGCGCACAGCUCAUAGUACGAGCAUUGCAAAUCUACCCUAUGAUGUUCUAUGCGAGCUCUAUCAUACUGCUGCGAUAUUCGAUCCUCCCCGUGGACCUCGACAAGGGCUGGACGAUCACUACUGUAGUCGCCCUUCGACAUUUCCUGGGGAUCUCGGAUGGAUUAAAUUGACACACGUCUCGCGCCAUUGGCGCGAAGUCGGUCUAGGCUUAUCUGCCCUGUGGGCAGGUAUCGUGUGCGCGUUCCCGCCGACUAUCGAAGAUAUAUUAUUGAGGGCGGGAAGCACUCCGGUUGCCGCGGUCCUUGAACAAGACGCUGUGACGAGUGCCUACCGAUGGUCAUACGACGAUAUCGGUCGCAUCCUCCCCAGAGCCCGCUCGCUUGAGAUCGAUUUCCUCUACAAUCACCGCAAAUAUGACGUACAAGGGCCUUGGUGCCGGCUCUCGAUGGCUGGCCAAACCCUCCCGUCGGUGGAACGUAUGCGCGUUCUGGAUUCUGGGGUGGUAUACCAAGAUGGGCAUGUCCUUCGUUAUUUUGGACAUGCUCCAGCCUUGCACACGCCCAGCCUACGCGCCCUAUCGAUCGACCUUCCUUGGCCCAUCCAUGCACCGUCCCUGCGAAGUCUAUGCAUACACCGAUACGCGAUCCAAUGGCCUUGGCAAGUUCUUCUGAACUUCAUAAAGUCAUUCCCGUUGUUGGAGCAAUUGGAGUUUCUGAUCAUUACCGACGACACGAUAAAGAAUUCUUUGCUCGGGCGGAGUCGGGCAGCAUAUCGUAUGGACGAAGAGUCGUUGGCCUUGAAUGCCAUGCGUAGGCAUGUUGACCCCCCAUCCGUUGUUCACCUUCCAUAUUUGAAGCGCCUCGUAUGCCAGCAGGAUGGAUGCGCUAUACUGGAGCUUAUGGACCAUCUUGACUACCCGGCGACCACCAUCGUGAAGAUAAUCGACUGUAAAUACGACCUGCCGGGUUUCUUCGAGUCCAUCAUCUCGCGCCCGGGCUUUAAUCAUGCGCCGCUCGAUCACCUCACCAUCUCGAGCGUGACAGGCGAGGCGUGGGAGACUACACACUCUGUUGUCAGGACGGUCUGGGCGACAGGCCAGCCUUGUCUUUCCGAACAGCAUGUCUCUGACGAGCGUAGCUCGAUCGCAAUGCGCAACAGCUCUUUUGGAAAUCUUCUCAAUCGUAUGAAGAAAACGGCGGUCCUACCUCCGAGCGAGCUCCGUGGGCUGGCUCUGAGCCACGACUGCACAUGCGUGGAAUAUCCUGGCAUACAGUGCAGAGGGAUCGCAGAAAUAGCCGGAGAAUAUCGGCUCACGAUGUUCCUUCGCCGAUGUGUCAACGUCGCGACGCUUUACCUCCACCAUCAGGGUCAAAUAUCAUCCAACACAGCCAUCAUCCUACUCGCACCCAUUGAUGAGCCUACAAUUCUCCCGGCGCUUCGGACGCUGGAUAUACACGUAGAUGAAGUCUACGUCAAGACCUGGUGGACCGACCUGCGCGCCAUACUGGAGGCGCGGAGAGACGCGAAGUGUCCAAUCACUCGUCUCAUCAUUCGAGGUCCGGGCGCUUGUCAUACCUCCAACUGCCCCGGACACGAGGGACUGGUCAUGAAGGACGAAUAUGCAGGUUGGGAUCUUGACGAGGAAGUGUCUACGUGCCUCGAAAGGCGCCAAAUCCAUCUCGAGGCCGAGGAGUUCUUCGUCGAGGAACUGAUAGACGCGCGGGAUGACUGGGUGUACCUCUGCGAAUGCGAGGAACAUUGUUAUUCAUCAUGUGACCUGCAUUAG